AUGGGAAAGGAUGACUUGCUGCCUGAAUGCUUUGCUGAAUUAGAGGCUGAGCGACGGCAGCGUUUCCAGUGCCGUUCCUUACCGCCGCGACAGACGCGUAGCCGGUGCUGCCUUCGGGGGGAGAACUGUGCCAAAGCGGCCGCUUUACUUAUUAAAAUUCCCAAAGUUGGUCUGCCAAAUGAAGUGCAUACAUUUAACUUCUACUUGUCAAAUGUUGGCAAAGAUAAUCCUCAGGGAAGCUUUGACUGUGUCCAGCAAAUAGACUCAAGUUCUGGAGCGUCACAACUCAGUUGCCUGGGAGUUAUACAGAAUAAAAUUACAGUAUGUGCAACAAGUGAUUCCUAUCUGACGACCAGAGAGCGCAUGACCCAGGCAGAAGAGGAGUCGCGCAAUCGAAGUACAAAGGUUAUUAAGCCUGGUGGACCAUUUUUAGGAAAAAGAGCACAAGUCAGAAAACUACCACAAUGCAUUCCAAAUGCUGUGCCCGAGAGGAAGAGGUCAACACCCAUGAACCCUGCGAACACAAUACGGAAGGCUCACACAUACAAUACUGUUUCUCAGCGACCGUACAGGGACAGGGUGAUUCACUUACUGGCACUGAAGAGUUACAAGAAGCCGGAGUUACUUGCCCGCUUGCAGAGAGAUGGUGUCAACCAAAAGGACAGGAAUUCCCUUGGAAUUAUCCUUCAGCAGGUAGCCAACCUGAAUCCAAAGAAUAAUUCUUACACUCUGAAGGAUUAUGUAUUUAAAGAUAUUCAGAAAGAUUGGCCUGGAUACGAUGAAGUAGAAAAACAGUCAUUGGAGUUAAUACUUUCAAGAAAAUUAAAUUCAUCUCAGAAUGCCACCAGCACCAGUCAUUUGGCAUCUCCUGUGACUUCUAGGAAGGAUGCUCCAUCAACUUCUUCUCAGAAACGGCUUUUGAAUUCCGAUUUUAUCAAUCCUCUGAUGAGCAAAAAGCAGAGGAUAUCUCGCCUGACCAGUCAGGUCCAGCCAUCAUUCACUGGCCUCUUGCCUGCCUCCAUCGAGAAAGCCACUGCCGCCCCUCCGCCGCCUCCCGCCCUGGCAUCUGCCGCUACUCCGUCGGCUCUGCUGCUGCCUCCCACACGCCUUCCCACUUCCAACCCUCCUCACACUACCAGCACCAACUCCCCCAGCACCCCUGAGGGGCGGGGGACCCAGGACCUGCCGGUGGACAGCUUCAGUCAAAAUAGCAGUAGCAUCCAUGAGGACCAGCAACAAAAAUAUACCUCUCAGACUCCUCUGGGAAUUGCAGCGCCUGCUGCGAAGCGGGUGGAGCCUCCCAGGCUCGCAAGCAAGAAGCACACGGCGCUGCACCAAAAGCCCAAGAUGGUAACAGAGUGUAAGCAGAAGGGUGAAAGCAAAAUGCAGCACAAAACGAGUGGGAGUGAGGAGGAGAAAGACCUUAGAAAAGAAGAAACUGCCAAGCUGAAACAAUCCUCCCGUUUGGAUUCAGGAGUUAAAGAAACUUGCACUGCCUCCACAGAUCCUCCUUCAUCAACAAGUGAACAACCAGACUACUUCGUAAAAUACACAGCUAUAGACUCACACGAGCAGCGCCAGAGUUACAAGGAUGACUUCGAUGCAGAGUACGAUGAGUACAGGAGACUGCACGCUCGGAUGGAGGGUAUCACCAGGAAAUUCAUGAAGUUUGAUGCACAAUGGAAGCUUCUUUCUCCAGGGUCCAAAGAAUACCAGGUCCUUCAUGAGGAAGUCUUAGAAGAGUAUCGAAAGAUAAAACAGUCUAGUCCCAACUACUAUGAAGAGAAGUAUAGAUGCGAGUAUCUGCACAACAAGCUGUCUCAUAUUAAGAGACUAAUCGAGGAGUUUGACCAACGGCAAGCGGAGUCGUGGCACUAG